CUCCCGACGGAGGCACAGGGAAGUCCGUAAGGAGGUGGUGAACAAGGGUUGAUGCUCCCUCAAGGGCUCUCUUCUGAAGUCCGUCAAACCUUUCCUGGGGCAAGGUGUACUGCACAGCAGGUCUGUGGAAAAAAAUACCUCUCUUUAGUUUCGAACCUGCCUCCUGCUAGUUCUGUUUGAAGUCUAACUCUUGUGUUUGAAGAGGCACUGGACAGUCUUCCUCAUCAGCCUUUCUUCCUGCCACAUCUGAAUUUAUAAGCUUUUAUCCUGCUCCCCUCAACUAUGUUCCCCAGCCUGGAAGAUUGAAAACGGUUUAGUCUUUACUUAUUUGACAGCCAUUCCCGAUCUAUAGGUCAUCACCUUUCCCUGAACCUUUCUAAGCUACAUUGUAUCUUUUCUGAGAUUAAUGAGCACUGAAAGGACAUACACACAGAGCUGAAGCUGCAGGUUGUGUGGGUGUGCUCUGAACCUCCAGUUGUGUGGUUUUAAAAUUUCCAGGCUGCUUACAAUGGUUUUAUUCUUUUGACUGCUGUUUUUAACCAAGGAAUUGCUUUUCAUUUGUGUGUUGUUCCUUUCCCUGAACUAAGCACAAUGAUAGUGGGUUUCUUGUAUUUGUCAUUUGAAUGCAUGUGUUGAGCCCACAUGCCUUACAGUUGCUCUGUGACAGAGCAGCUCUUCUGCAGUAACGUUUCAUACCAGGCCCUAUGAACUAGUCAGGGUCAAGUCUUAACUUCUCCUGUUAUGUGUUCCUUGACUUCCUAAAACGUUCAUUAACUGUGGUUAAAAGCACAGAUUUGGCAUCUUGCUUCUGCAUGACGUCUACUCUGUCUACACAGGGAGAAGUGAAAUCUCCUUGUUUUUAUUCUUGUUUUUCUGUUGGCCCUCAUUAUAUUGCAGGCAUUGUAAUAAACUUGACAUCCUGUUUAGAAGGAUAGUGGUUUCUAGCACAUUAUAACUUUUUUAUUUUAGUAUGAAAUUUCUAACCAUAGACAUUCUGCACUGUUGACAUAGUUGUCUUGUUAUUUUGUAUCAUGGGACUAGCUUCCCUUUAAUAACACAUUUAGGGAACUUUAUUGCAGUUCUGUCCUUUGUAUGCAGUGUUUUUGACCAAGAGAGGUUUUGGUUUUGACCACCUACUGGCUCAUGUUUCAUGGUAGCAUUCAGUCACAUUUUAAAAAUAAGGAAGAAACAAGUCCUGUUGCCAACAUGUUGUCAGAUCAGUGGUUGAUUUUCCAUGAAGAAGUAACUAUAAUUGUGAGAUCACCUCAAUCAUUCUGUGGGAUUCUGCUGUUGUCAUAAAAUACCCAUUUAAUGUCCUAAAAAGAUACAUUCAUAAUGUUAAUACUGAAGUGACUUGUAGGGCUCAUAAAGUUUUCAAAUGCCUGCUUGAUUCUUUUCAGGAUUCCAAUUCUUUAAAAAAUUCAUAAGUAUGGGAUUAGUUUAUUAUGCUUCUGAAGAAAAAACUUUCCAAAUGUGAGCCAUAUAGGGGGGUUUUGGUGAUUAUUCUCCCCUCCCCCCCCGUAAUGUAGGCAUCCUAGGACAACAGCUCAGAGGCAUGAUGUGUCACAUAGUCUGAAAUGUUAAAACUGAACUUUGGUAAUUUUGGUUGCAAUAUGAACUAUUUAGUACUAUUAGAUAUACUAGAAAUAUCAAGGUAAAUUCUUCCGGGCCUUUUGUUAGAUUCUAAAAAGAAGUUCAUUAAUUCUAUUACAGUUUCUUUUUUUCAAAGGCUGGUAAUGUUGGGAAUAAGGCUUUGAAACUCCUACCCAUGAAACUGAAAGCUGCCUUUGUCUGGGCUUGAAAGUUAAAUCUAAAAACCAUAACAUUCUUCUAGCAUUACAACUUCAACUGAAUCUGAAAUAUCAAAAAAAGAUAUUUUUGAGGGAUUUUGUAUGAUAAAAGUGACAAAUAGCCUCUUACUCAAAUAGAACAAGUACCAAACUUUCUGAGGUAUUUCCUCCAAGUAUGUUUAAUACAGUGAAAAUGUAGUACUUCAGUAUUCAAAUUUCCUUGUUAUGGAUGGAAUAAACCUCACUGAUGGGGGAGUGUUCUCACUUUUCCUCUAUUUAAGUUGGUGUAAACAAACUUAAUUUUUUAGAAAGUCUCAUUUCAGACUGAAGUGUAUAUGAUCUUUCAAAAUACAGGCAAUAUAGAGGUGGGCACAUACAAUUUGGGAAGAUAACUGUAUUUUAUUACCUACAGAGAAAAGUAAACAGAGAAUAAUUACAAAGAAUAAAAGCUGCAUCAGGGCUGAGCUACAAUAGGGACUUUAUGCUUUGCAGAAGGAAUUAAAGCAACAUCUGGAAAUUUCCUGUACCUUUUAACCGUGCGAUAUUUCACCAGACAGUUUGAAGAUUUUCAGUAAGGAUCAGCAGAGCUUCUGUUGCAUUAAUGCUUCAUUAUUCCUACUGUGAAUUAAACACAGACUCAAGAGAAAACUGUUACUUAUAGUCCUUCUUUAAUUUUUCUUUACCAGCAGAUUUUAAAAACUAAAGGAAGAUGUCUUUUUUCCCCAAAAUCUCUUUCCAACAUGAAGUUGAAGAGUAUCUCACCAAAGUGUUCAGAAAUAAUGAGCUUAUCACUGCUUUAGGUACACAGGAGGCGGAGAGUAAAUAUCAAUCUCUGUUAAGUCAUCUAUCUCAUCCACCAGGUUUCACAACUGUUAGAAUUAAUACCCACUUGGCCUCAGUGAAACAUGUGAAAAAAUUGCUGUUUGAAGAGAUCCAGAAGCAAUUUAAAGGACUGUGUGUUCCAGUUCUUGAGCACCCGAAACUCCAGGACGUCUUAUUAAUUCCUGUCAUUGGACCCAGGCGAGAUUUAAACAAACAUUCAUCUGAAGUCAUUGUUGGAGCCCACUGUGGGUAUGCAGUACUUCGAGGAGCACAUGUUUAUGUCCCUGGAAUCAUAUCUACCUCAAGAUUUAUGAAAGCUGGUGAUCUGGUCUCAGUGUAUUCAGAUAUUGAAGGGAAAUGUAAAAGAGGAGCCAAAGAAUUUGAAGGAGUCAAAGUUUUCCUUGGAAAUGGGAUUUCAGAACUGAGUCGCAGUGAAAUCUUUAGUUCAAGUGGCCCAUUGAAUGGGAUGGGCAUAAGAAUGAUAGAGCCAGUCUACCUUAGUCCUUCGUUUGACAAUGUGCUCCCUAGUCAUUUGUUUUUGCAGAACUUGCCUUCUGUGGUUGUGAGCCAUAUUUUAAACCCUCAGCCAGGAGAGAGAAUUUUGGAUAUGUGUGCUGCACCUGGAGGGAAAACAACCCAUCUUGCAACAUUAAUGCAUGACCAGGGUGAAAUAAUAGCCAUGGACAAGAUAGCUAACAAGGUCAAAAAAAUUAAGCAGAAUGCUGAAUUGCUACAGCUGAAUUGCAUUAAGGCCUUUUGCUAUGAUGGAACAAAGGCACUUUCAGCUGAGAAGAGAGAGGAUGAACAAGAAGGACCUCCAUUCUUACCAGAGUCAUUUGAUAGAAUUCUUCUUGAUGCUCCAUGUAGUGGGAUGGGACAGAGACCAAAUAUGGCUUAUUCCUUGACAUUAAAGGAGGUGACUUCUUAUCAGCCACUACAGCGCAAGCUUUUCACUGUGGCAGUGAAACUGCUGAAGCCAGGAGGUGUUUUAGUAUAUAGUACAUGUACGAUUACACUCUCUGAAAAUGAGGAGCAAGUUGCUUGGGCUCUGAAAACUUUUCCAUGCCUCCAGCUUCAGCCACAGCACUGAAAUCCUGCUGAGGGAAAGAAAGGAAGAGAAGAAUCAGGCUGCAACCUCUUGGCUGCCCAGCUUUACAGCACACAGUACGUGGUUAAGCAACUAAGUCACAUCAUGUGAUGACUGGGUGAGCUCAUGUAUUAGCAAAGUGUGAUGGCUCAAAAAAUUCUCUGCUGUAGGCUGCAUUAUAGACUACGCUAGACUAGAUUUACAAAGGAGAUCUAUUUUUGAUAUUGCAAUGUCAGCUUUUGCACAUUUUGUUCUAUCUGCUUACUGAAUGAACUGAAAGAACAAUCCAGCUAAGAAUUUUUUUUUUUUCCAGGAAUCAGUGUAUUAAAUAGAAAGCAGUCAAGGCUACUCACACGAAAUGCUGAGAAAAGGGCUGUGAUUUUAAGCCCUUCUCCUCUCCAGGAGUUUGAUGCCAAAUGUCUCCUGAAUUCAGAUACAUAAGCUGUUCCCUUCUUUCUCUGCCUCAUAUACAUACACAUGUAACAGUAGUACCAUCUACCUGUUAGUCUAAUUACAUGACACAGAAAAUCUGAAGCUCAGAUUUUUCUGCUGCAUCAUCUUCCAAAAUGAUGCCUUUUCAGGCAGUAACAUAUCCUGGACUGGGGCUUUCAGUCUUUCCGGUUGGAGUUUUUAAUAUGAAGAAUCCAGGUAUUUCUACUGCUGUUACUGAGUAUAUUAGUAACUGGCUAAGGAAUUGCUAUUUUUUGACUUAACUCACAGCUAUUAGUCAGUACACAGAAGCACUGCAUCAUUUGAAAGUGGCAACGUAAAAAAACCUUUAGACCUUCUUAUUGUCUGGUGAUAACAGCUUUCGAUGUUUCAGUCCUUUGAGUAAUGAAUUGAUUUAGAGCUGUGUACCUGUCCUCAAUAAGUGCUCUAAACCACUAGGCUAAAGUGGAUUAGGUGCACCACCACCUCCUCAAAGUACUUUGGACUUUGUAUAUAGGCUUGUAUACAUAUUGGCCAGGUGAGGGCAAGAAAAGAAGGGCCACAUUACUUCUAAAUCCUCCCCUGGUGUGAACGAUAGAAACCUAGCUUGUCCACGUUAACAGUUAGGCAGCUCUGCAUAUACUCAGCAGAAUACAUUUAGGGCACAUAAGAACUUGAUUGAUGCAAUAAUUUGCUUUUCUUUGUUACUCAAAAAGGAACCUCACAUUGGAGGAGAAGGCAUGAGGGGAGCUGGAUUGUCGCUUGAUCAGCUGAAGCUGCUGCAGAGAUUUGAUCCAUCUGCUGUGACGUUGCAAGGAA